CGCAAUUCGAGAAGUAGGCGCUGCACACUUUCCGAGCGAACAUCUUUCUUUUUGCAUUGCAUCCCACUUUGGUUACGACUGACUGUAGUCACUCUUUCGAGAAGCAUUGGGCGGUCUUGUGGGACUCGGCAAAGGGAGACGAGGAGAGCGGCGUGCAGCAAUAACAAGGGCGAGGGUAUCUGAACUAUAUCUCAGACAGGCGAGCGGCAUAGCUCAGCACACUCCUUGGUUCCACGAGACCCAAGUCGUCUAUACGACCGUACGACGAGCUUGCAAGACCAUUCGCACCUUCAACCGGCCCGAGAAGCUUCGCAGCACUCAUUCGGAGGCAUUGCAUGCCUACAUUCCAGCGCUUGCCGCACGAAUACGCCUAUCAACUUCAAGUCGCACAUCAUGAGCCGACCUGGGUUUGCUCCCUCGGCAUCCAUGUCAAUGAGCAGUAACGACAGCUUCGGGCCACGUUAUGGCGGCCCUUUGGGAGGCACACUUGCAGAUUCGCCGUACUCGGGUGGCCCUUACGGCGCGGCGCAACCACGACACGCUUCACCCUCGGGCUCACAGCAUCCCAGUAGCGGCACAGAUAUGUCGCGACCAUCGGCAAGUGGCAGCAGCAUCGGUCGACCAGCAUCAUCCGCAAGCUCGGUGGGCCGAUCGAGUGAUGGACGGAUGGGCUUCGCGACCGGCCCUCCUCCGAACAGAGACAGCACGAGAAGCUUCUUCAAGCCCGAAGCCGAGGCGCAACUGCAGCAGCAUUACUACGUGCUGAGAGACUAUCUAGCCGCAUCUUUGCGCGACGACCAAGGCAAUAUGCGUUCGCAGAAAGCACGGGACAAGCUUCUCCGCUUGUCCGUCACACAGUUUAUGGAGCUGAGCACAGAUGUCUACGAUGAACUGCUCCGACGAGAGGACGAAAGAGGGGCCAGGCAGUCGAGUAUUCCACGCUCGCUGCCGCCCAAGACGAACUUCCACCCAAAGCGCAACCAAGCCCGACAGAAACUCUCCACCCUUCCAGUUGACCGUUUCCGCCAGCUGGCAACGGACGUCUACUACGAGCUCGAGCGACGUAUCCCGCGCUUCGCGGGUCAAGACAUUGAGCGGCCUGCCAGCACCGCCAGUCAUGGCAGCGGCCGCGCACCGAGUCGCAAUGGCAUGCGGCCGCCUCCCGGUGCAUACAGAGGCCCACCGCCAGGAGCUGGCAGAAACGGCUCCAUUGGCGGACCCAUGCCAGGACCCCAGUACCCUUCUUUCCGCCCUGCGAGUCCGGGACCUGGCAUGCCGCCGCCAGGAUAUCGACCAAGCACAAGUGGCAGCGAUACUUCGAACUAUGGGCGCCCGCUGCCCAAGACCUUCCAGAGCAACGUCAUUGUGCCGAACAAAAGUACCAUGGUUGAAGAUGACCAGAUGACAGAGCCAGGGGAGGAGGAUGCCUUUGCGCUUGAUAAAGUGCUGUCUCCUAGCAUUGGACCUUCGCCUAUCAGCAAUGACCGCUCGCCUCUUGCUGGUGACCGCUACUUCGAGGAGCCUAAAAGCAUGAGUGCGGAUCUGGACAAGAUCAAGGAACAGGAAGCAGAGAUUGGAAAGCUAAGGGAGACAGUUGAAGACCUGCAAAGUCGUGUGCUGGACAAGCAGCACGAAUAUGACAGUCUGAGAGAGACGCUCUCUGCCAAGGACGAGGAGUUUGAGGGAGCGAAAACGACGAUUCUUGAGCGGGAAGCAGGUAUCGAAUCCGAGCGGAACGGGUGGCACAGGCUUCGCGAAGAGUUAGAGCAGAAACACAUCGAUGCUCAGCGUCUGCACGACGAGCUCUCACGAGAGCUAGAGCAGCUGAAGCUCAACAAACAGCAGGACGAGCAAGAUUCCCGCUCUCGACAUGAGCGGGAGCUGGAAGGUCUUCGCUCUCAACUAGGCAGCUCCCACCGACAGACCAUAGGCGACUUGCGGGUCCAACUAGGCAAUGUUGCGCAACAGACCUCUGACCUGCAUCGACAGCUACAAACGCAUCAGGCUGAGAACGAAGAGUUGCGCAACCAGCUCCAUUCCGCACAUCAGCGACAACAAAGCUUAACCAGUAAUGGCGAGCAUGAACGCCGAAUCGAAGCGUUGCAAGAGGAAUUGACCGCGCAGCAGAAGCUGACGAAUCAAGUCCGUGACGAGGCGAUGAUGUAUUUGCAAGAGAUGCGCGACCUCAGUCGCCAAACUGACUACGCCGUCGAGCAGGAAGAAAGACUAGCCCAGCGUGUUGCGCAGUUGGAGCGGGAAAACGAGGAGUGGCGACAUCGCUAUACGCGCGUCAAAGCCCAGAACAAGAGUCUUCGCGCCUCGACGAUGGGAUUAGCGCUUCCCAAUGCUUUUGACGCGAACAGUCUCCUCGGUGGCGGGAAGGAAGGCCUAAUCUCUGAUGCAGGGUUGGUGAGAGAUGUGGACAUGACCCGCUUCCAGCUCUCCAUCGACGAACUUCUCCGCACCGCUCGCCAGCCGGAGCAGAAUGAGCGGAUGCUGGAUGGUGUCAAGAAUGUCGCUCUUGCCGUGCAGGGGCUCACGGCUGCGGUCGUGAGUCCGCAAGGGUAUCCGACACCUUCGCCUAGUCCGCUGGGUCCGGAACGGGAUGGUGGUGCGGAGAGUGUGGCGAAAGUCAAGGCGAGGGUGAAUGGGACGGCGAACAGUCUCAUCACGGCUACGAAGCUGCAUGCGAGCGCCAUGGGUUUGAGUCCAGUUGCGCUAGUGGACGCUGCGGCCAGUAACCUCACUGCGGCGGUGGUGGAGUUGGUCAAGACGGUGGGUAUCCGGCCUUCGGAGGGUCAUGAGCUGAACUCGGAGAUUGGGGAAGAUGAUACAGAGGUCACUAUCGACGGACCAGGUGAUCAUCAUCAUCAUCAUCAGCAGCAUCUGCGGGACGAGAGCAUGGGUUCCUUCUACAAUGACUCGCCAUCUUACUCGCCUGCCCGAGGAUUGCCGGGCAGAGGCUCAGAAGUCCAUUCGCCAUCACCGUCGGGUUCGGUUAAUGGCGUUGUGACGCCGAGCUUGGAGAUUAGCAGCGAGACGCCGCCUCCAUCGAAGCCUGCGCCGCUGAAUCUGGGGAGGAGUAAUACUGGACGCAAGAAUGGGUGGUUCGGGGGUUGGGGAAGAAAGGCUAGUGAGGAUGAGACGGCGACGUUGGCGCAGACGCAUACGCAGAGUCAGGCGACGGAGAGUGGGAAGGCGGUAACGCAUGGGCAGGGACAUGCGGAUGGGGUGGCGGAGGGGUUGGCGAGUGAGGAGUAUGAUCCUUACCGGUAGUGCAUCUUGCAGGUUUGGAGUACAUGGUUUGGGCUAGCUCUCGGAGGUGUUCGUGGGUUUGGCUAGGUGUUCUGCAAUAGCAUUGGAUGGUGUUGGGAUAAGCCGCCAUGGCUGUCGGGGUGCGGUGCUUGUGGGCUUGCUUGUACUCAGCUGAGAAACGAGACGGGGUAUUGCCAUUGGAACAUAGAUGUGGUAAUGUAUGUACUCAGCAGGCCUGGUAACCAGAAGCGCCCACAAUCGAGCAGCUCCAUAGCUAUAGUACAGCUUCAGCCUUCCAGAGGGAGACUGCAAGCCGUUAAGAAGCCGUUGU